UUUCUUAGAGUACAACAUCUUAAAAAUAUUUCCUGAAAAUUGCAAGUCAUUUCGAGCAAGAUUUACAAAGUUAUAGGCGUCUAAACUACCUGCGGUCGGAGCGCUGAAGCGCCCUGAGCAAGUAGACAAGGCAGGGAUGUAUAAUUCCUUUUUUUGUGAGAUCUCUUGUACUCUGUGAAGGUAAAAGGUUAUAUGGAGGCUCCAUCUCUGCGUGCAUUAGUAAAAUAUAACAAUAUCCACGAGGCUAACAUACCUAAAAUUUAGAGGUUAGAAGUUGUUUUCGUUGUACACCAGAGGAGUUUUGCUCAGUGUCGCAGUUAUAUUAACCGUCAUGGGACGUACGAAAGGUUCAAGAUACUUGAGAGUAACUAACAACAUUAGAUUAUCCAGAAAUAAGAAGCGAAAGCAGCCUAAAAGUAAAAAUGAAUUGGAGACUGACGAAGAUACUUAUAGUACAUCUGCAAAGAAAUUGAAAAUAAAGAAGGAUAUUGUGGUGCCGCAAGAUAAUAAUAUUGAAUACAGGAUUCUAAAUUUUGUAACAGUAUUUACUGCAAUUUCGAAUUAUGUAAAAUGCAAAGAGUGUAAUGGAGAUGUGAAGUUUGUAACAGCGAGCACGCGAGGUUUCGGAUUCCGAUUAGUGAUAGAAUGCAAUACGUGCGAAUCUAAAUUAAUUCCUUCCUGUCCUUACAUCGGAACAACAUACGAAAUUAACAUAAGAUUUAUAUUUACAAUGAAAGUUCUCGGCCUUGGGCUUGAAGGUUGUCAAAAAUUCUGCGGCCUAAUGGAUAUGCCAGUUUUUUUCUUACAGCACAUACGAUCGUAAAAUAAAUUCAUUUCUUUGCCGAAAGUGUUUGCAAAAUAAUUCUGAAAAUUGCUGUAGAAGAAGAAAGACAAGAGACAUGCAAAGCUAAAGACAUCGAAGAAACAUCAGAAUUAAUAAUUUCCGGAGACGGAACAUGGAAAAAACGAGGUUUUAUCUCUCUCUACGGUGUUUCAUCAGUUAUUGGAUACAGCGGGAAGGUUCUCGAUGUUCUUGUUAAAAGCUCUUAUUGCAAACUAUGUAAAUUCUGGAGUAAUAAGGAAGGUACUUGUGAAGUCGAUAAUUGGCAGAAGUCACAUGAAUCUGAAUGUUCAGUAAAUCAUGAAGGAUCGGCGGGAAGAAUGGAAGUUGACGCAAUCACGGAAAUGUUUAAACGUUCCGUAUAAAACUACAACGUGAAAUAUAUUAAUUACUUUGGUGAUGGAGAUUCGAAAACUUAUACGGGUAUUGUAAAUGCAGCACCUUACGACGAUGACACCGAUAUUAUUAAAAAAGAAUGCAUCGGCCAUAUACAAAAAAGAAUGGGAACUCGAUUACGACAAUGCAAAAGAAAGAUAAAGGGACUUGGCGGCAAAGGAAAACUUACAGCGAAAAUGAUCGAUAAGUUUAUUACGGACUGGCUAUUCGUCGACACUGUGAUUCUGUUGAAGAAAUGAGAAAAGCAAUUUGGGCAACGUAUGAUCACUAUAGUUCGACCGAUGAAAAUCUUACACAUAAUAAAUGCCCAUCUGGAGUGGAGUCAUGGUGUAGCUGGUAGCGUGCUUCUGCGAACGGCGAGCUUGCUUCUUUCAAGCACGACUACAACGCUUUUCCUGCAGAUAUGUUAGCUGCGAUAAAACCUAUCUAUGAGAGUCUCAGCAGUGAUACUUUAUUGGAAAGAUGUGUCGGUGGAUUUAAUCAAAAUAAUAAUGAGAGUUUCAAUCAACUCAUUUGGAAAAUAAGUCCAAAAAUUUAUCACAGCGGAUCACUCGUCGUAGAAUUAGCAGCCUACAUUGUGACUUGCAUCUUUAAUGAAGGCACUUCUUCAUUAUUAAAGAUCCUUCAAGGUAUGGGAGUUAGUUGUGGGCCAAACGCUCAUUUGUAUGCUGCGAAAAAGGACGAAGAGCGGAUAAUGGAAAGUAACAUCCGCGCACAACAAAGCACGCGCGAGGCAAGACAGCAUCGUAGGCAGAUGCAGAUCGAAAAUUUGGAAGCAGCAACUGAUGCAGAGGGAUCACUAUAUGGGUCAGGAAUUGAUGAUUCCAUAUAAUCCUGCUUGGAGCUAGAGUGGUCACCGCAAAAAAAGAACGUUCGCAGCAUAGCUUAUAUCACACUUAUUUUUCAUUAUUUCUUAAUAAAAAAAAUACUGUAAAGACUUGAAAAUAUAUAUUUUGCA